UGCAGCUAUAUAAAGUCUAGAAAAUAUGCAAUUCAAUUGGAGUGAUAUUUGAAAUACAAGUAUAAUGGCUGGGCUACCGGAUAAGCUUGUCGCGCAGGUGGCGUUCAAGGCUGGAGGGGGCGUGUUUCAUCAUCUCAUGGCAAAAAACCCUAAACACUUUGCCAAAGUUCUACCUAACAAAGUCCAAGAUUGUGAACUUCAUCAAGGAGAUUUUGGAGCUUGUGGCUCUGUUAUUCAAUGGAAAUAUGUUCUUGGUGGGAAAGAGCAGAGAGCAAAACAAGUUAUAGAGGUAGAUGAGGCGAAAAAGAUAAUCACAUUCAAAAUGAUUGAAGGAGAUGAUCUUGAGCUAUACAAAAACAUGAUUGUAACCUAUCACGUUGAGACCAAAGGAGGUGUCGACUUCAUAACAUGGACCAUAGAUUAUGAGCUGAUCAAUGCUGACAAUCCACACCCAACCGCGCUCCUGAACUACUUCAUUGAGUUCACGAAGGAAACCGAGGCUCAUAUUUUCGGAUGAAACUCACCUUAUUUUGGGUUCAUUCAUCAAUCCUUUUAAGUUAAAAAUAUCAUGAUCAAUUUAGUACUAUAUAUUAUCUUUAUAAAUAAAGUGAAAUCAGCAUCUAUAUAUCUAGGUUUGACGAUGCUAAAAUAAAAUUUCUAUGUUCCAAAUAAGCCGAGGGAUUGGUGAACCAAAUAAGUUAACAUUGUUAUAUUCUAUCUAUUUUAUGUUUUCAAACUCUGUUUUGUCUUAUGUCCCUAUUAUGAAUUUGAGUGAUAUGAUCAUCUGUGAAUUGAUUUAGAACUUGAUUCGAAUUA